GGAAGUGGCCCGGGGAGGCCGGAAGCGCCGCUGACGCGGGGCUGGCGGAGCGGGGCGCUGGCCGCUUUGCUGCUUUUCUACUUUUUGGAAGACUCGAUCUGUUUGCCGGGCAGGCUAACCCUUCUCUGUGGCUUACCGACAGCAGGUAGUGAACUAGUUGCAGGCUGUCAUACCCUUAAGAUGUGUAACAGCGUGUGUUGCUGUAAUGCAAAAGAUGCAACCUUAAGGCCUUUUCAGACACAGAGCACUUGACCCAACUGCUGCAGGAGCGAGAUCUUUGCUACCAUGGUUAGAAGAGGGAUUUAACCCUUGCAAAAGGAAGGAGUGAGUGUUAGCCCAAGAAGCAGCAGUUGUCCCGCAUUGGGUUCACCUAAGCAACUCCAAAUAGUCAUUGCCAAUGGAUGAACUGGUGCAUGACUUGGCCUCAGCCUUAGAGCAGACUUCAGAACAAAACAAGCUGGAUGAACUAUGGGAAGAGAUGGCCCUAAGCCCACGGCAGCAGCGACGUCAGCUUCGCAAGAGACGGGGUCGUAAACGACGCUCAGACUUCACACAUCAGGCAGAGCAUGCCUGCUGCUACAGUGAGGCCUCAGAGUCAAGCUUGGACGAAGCUGUCAAGGAUUGCCGUGAAGUGCUGACAGCCAAUUUCAGUGACUCUGAUGACAUGGCAGUGGUGAAACGACACCCAGCUCUUAGUGCCACCCUGAGGAGCAAGCAACACUCAUGGCAUGAGUCAGACUCCUUUACAGAGAAUGCACCCUGCCGACCUCUCAGACGCCGACGGAAAGUCAAACGUGUGACAUCAGAGGUAGCUGCCAGUCUCCAGCAAAAGCUCAGGGUGUCAGAGUGGAACUAUGAGAGGGGCUGCAGGUUCAAGUCAGCCAAGAAACAGCGUCUUUCACGCUGGAAAGAAAAUGCCCCUUGGACAUCCUCCAGUCAUGGCCUUUGUGAAUCAGGAGAGAACAGGCCCUUCCUUAGCAAAGGGGGAAGGAAGGAGCGGAUGGAGUGUGAAGCUGGUGAACAGAAGCAGGGCUCUGAUGAAAACAUGUCGGAAUGGCACCUUUCCUCUGAGGAUGCUAAAACCCUUAUGAAGCAGUCACUCAAUCCUCGCAUCUGCUGCUUUGAAACCAGCAGUGUGUGCAGCAGCAGUGAUACUGGCCUGUUUACCAAUGAUGAGGGCCGCCAAGGAGACGAUGAGCAAAGUGAUUGGUUUUAUGAAGGAGAAUGUGUUCCAGGAUUCACCGUCCCCAACCUUCUUCCCAAGUGGGGAGCUGACCACCGAUCUGAAGUAGAGCGGAUUGACUCAGGCCUGGACAAGCUCUCAGAUUCCACGUUCCUUUUGCCCUCACAGCCAGCUCAGAGAGGGUUUCAUGCUCGCCUGAAUCGCCUUCCAGGAGCUGCUGCCCGUUGUCUCCGAAAAGGUCGGAGAAGGCUUGUUGGCAAGGAGACCUCCAUGAGCACUCUGGGCACCGAGAGGCUGGGUCAUAUUGUUAGUGAUCCACGCCAGAAAGAAAAGAACAAAGUGCUGGCUUCUGAUUUCCCACACACUGUGGCCUGUGCACAUGAGUUCAAUCCAUUAUCUCCUCUGUACUCUCUGGAUGUGCUUGCUGAUGCUUCCCACCGAAGAUGCUCACCAGCACACUGCACUGCCAGGCAAGCAAAUGUACACCUGGGACCACCAUGUUCAAGGGACAUCAAGAGGAAGCGAAAGCCAGCUGCAGCCUCCAUGUCCAGCCCAACAUCAGCAACUUUAUCUGUCCACAUGGAUGCAGCAGAGUCAGAGCUACCAGCAACACCAUCCCUGAGAUCCCAGAACUCUGAGUGGACAGGGAAAACACCAGGAGCCGAGAAAGCUACUAUUGCUCCCUCCAGUAACUUUUUUAAAAUGCCACCAGAGAAGAGCCCUGGAUACAGCUAAAAGGAAGCAUUGCAACUGUAAAAGCUUGCUGGAUUUUGGAAGUCUUUGACUCUGGUGUGUGUCUUCACCAGACAUCUUGUUUGGCAGUAGUGGUAUCUUCAGUAUUGGUGUGUGAUGCGUGCCAUUAUCCAGACUGAUCUGCUUGCCCCACACACCUAAAUCAUGUUUGCGAAUCUGUGUUUAAAAAAAAGUAAUCAGUGUUGGGACCGCAGUGGCUUUUAAAAAUGUUUUUGCUAUUGCUGUAUUUAUUAUGCAUUCAUCUCUUUCCCUGAUGCCAGCUCAUGUGUGCUGGGUCAUGUACAGAUUCUUUUGGAUUUUCAGAUCUUUAUUCACCCCCUGGACGUGUUGCUUGUUUGUGUAUUUGGCAUUUUAUGGGUGAAAGUCCCACUGCCACUCAGGGAGGCAAAAGUCUCCCCCUGCCUUCUUCCAGGCCAGGAGGACUUUUUGGAUGGGGAAUGAGGAGGGAAUGCAAACAAGCUGAAACAUGGAAUCUGAAUUCUGUAUUAGCAGAAUGUUUUCAGGCCAUGUGCUAAUGGACUCAAAUCAUGUUGCUUCUAGCGAAGCAAAUGUGAUGCUUGUCCAUUCAGAAAUUGCAGCUGGCUCACUGGCAGCAUGGUCCAUUAGACCUUUUCCUUCUCCCUUGUUCUGAAUGUCUUUAGUCUUGCUUGUGUAUUGCAUGUUCUUUCCUAAAUCUCCUACUGGAUAAGGAUUUGGAAGAACUACUUGGACAUAAAUGUGCAAGCUGGUGUCCUGGAAAGGAACCUGGGCUCUUCAAUCUCCGAGAAUGUUUGUGGAGGAUAUACAAAACUUUCAUUUUUCAGUGUAUAAAUUAAAAAAUGACUGUUAGCGUUUCAAAAGGAUGCUUGCCAUUGAAGUCAACAUGCCAUUGAACAAAAAUGCCAUUUAAAGUAUCAUCUGAGUUCAGAGCAUUCCGUGUAUUGAUCAGACCACUUCUGUCCACUUCAAAAACUAUUGUCUGCUCUAUCUACUGGAGGUGUACUUUACUUUUAAGUACUUUUGUACUUCACUCUGCAGCAUACAUAGCUCUUCCUUCAUAGCACUUCCACUUGGUCCCCUGUUACCUUCUGUGCAGUAUAUGGAUAGUGAUUUCUUCCCUCUCUUUUCUUGAAUCCUUGAUCAUGCUCCGCUUAUUUUUCCUGAGUUAUUCUGUGUGGAGCUUAUUUUGGGCUAUGUUUUUAGAAUAUAUACCUGCAUAGCAUGUGUCAAGGAACAGGUGGCCUCACAGUUUAAGCCCUUUAAAAAUAGGAUAUGUUUGUAUGCAUAGAACUCCUUUUGCUUUCCUCACUGGCUGGAGCUUUCAGACAGGACCAUUUAAGCUUGUAAAAUUCAUUUUGAAUGUGGAGGUGCAGUUAGCACUGUCAUGUAGAUAACAAAAUUUGCAUGUUUUCACUGGUUUUGCAGUGUUCUGCUCUCCCUUUUAAAUCAAAUAGCUGAGGGACAGGUUUGAUUGUGAGGAUAUAAAGCAGAUUUAUAUUUAACUCUGUAUUAAAAUGUUAAAUGGCCAUAACAUACACAAAACAAAAAUUGAAUGACUCACUAAAUCAUGAUUGGCAAAUACAGUUAUACAACAGACAUGCUGUCCAUGGCUGAUCCCCUAAUACCUACUUAUUCUUGGGGAGACAUCCACAUUGGAUUUAUAUUUCACAAGCAAGAAAACUGCCAGACCUGUCAUUGUAAAUUCCUCCCAAAACAUUUUUUUUUUCAGUGGUGGUAUUAUUUUAGAACUAAUUAGAACGGGGAAAGCUUUUUUACCUUGCUGAAGGAGUACAGAGGUCAGUUUGGAUUACGGGACAAGCUGUAAGGAGAGGAGUAUUCCUGUUUUAAAGUAGUCAUUGGAUUGUUUUAUUUUAUAGUUAUUUUGAGCAGUGGUACCUAAGAAGUAGCACAGGAAGUCUCGGCACUGUAAUCUAGAACACACCUAUAGAGGGUAAACCUGAAAACUAGUAGCUUGACUAUCUAGUACUCAUGACUACAGGGAAAGGGGAAAGGUGGUCAUGUUCUCCUGACAACCUGCAGAUAAAUUUUAGGAUCGGAAGCUUUGUAACCUAACUUGCAGGCUGUUUCAGUGACUGGGAGUGGUUCCCUAAAAGAGCAUUUGUGCAAUUGCAUGUUUUUAGUGAAGGAUGCGCCACAGCCUCUCUUGGUUUGAGUCUAUUCAACAGACUUAGAUUGCUGAUCAUUCAGCUAAAAUUUUAAAUUUUGGCCCCUGUGUUCCCAUUUUUAAAACCAAUUCUGAUAUAUCUUUCUACAUUCUGAGUAUUGUUCAGAGUAGUUCUGUUCCUUCUGUGCAGUCCGGAUUGGUUUAAAACUUUUAUGAGAGAUGUUUGAGGUGUUUAGGGAAUCAACAGUCAUCAUCUCACUCACUGGGGGGUGGGGAGUGGGGGUGCCACACUUUUUCUUUGGGGGCAGAGAAGGAUAAUUUAUCAGGUUUUCCUAUUGAGGUCAGUAGCACUGUUCAUCUGGUUAAGCCCUUACUUAGGUUGUAAACUCAUAGGAGGUCUUUGUUGCCUUUUAAAUGUUGAAUGUACCUGUGGCAGUGCUGAAGAGUAACUGUGGCAGGCCUGUCUUGGUAAGCCAUAUUUCCUGCCAUGGCAACUUUCUGGAAGCACCAGGAGACUCAAGUUCUUGCAGCUGCCCUCUCUUUUCUAUUUCUAGAAUUUACCUAGAAAUAUUCUAGAAUAAUCCAUUUACUGUUCAGUCAGGCUUUCAACCAAAUUUGAUUCCUCUGAGUGGUAGGCAAGAAAAAUGAAUCGCGUAUCUUGUUACUCCAGGGUAUUUAUCAAAAUUUAUCUUUAGACUUCAGUAGCUUGAUACGUAUUUGAAUAUCAGCAGCAUUCUUAGAUGAAUGAACUAGAUGCAUUGUUUUGUCUCUUUUCCUCUAAGGCAGAUUCCUUAGAACUCAUUCUGUACUCACACUGUACUUGCAGUGAAGGGCAGUGCUUUGGAUGUGGAUUGCUUGAGUAGAAAGGAAUAAUAACAUGCCUUGAUUUGGUAGCUGUGCUUCUACUAAGGCAGUCAGGUCUGUGAUUAUUGCUUCAAAGAUACACAGCUCACUCGUGUUCCACUUCUUGUCCACCAGGACUCCCCAGUCUUUUUCCAGGUUUGUCUUCCCUCAAGUUGUCUUCUCUCCUUGCCCUUAUAGGAGACUUCAACUCCCCAGACAUCACCUGGGAAUACCAUACUUCUGUGACGAGCAAGUCUGGGAAAUUCCUGAAGUAUGUUGAAGAUAAUUUCUUAUCACAAGUACGCAGUGAACCAGCUAGGAAAGAUGCUCUCCUAGACUUGUUAUUUGUGAGUAGAGAAGGACUUGUGGGAGAUGUGAUGGUAGAUGGCUGUCUUGGCCGCAGGGAUCACAAAAUUGUUGAGUUUACAAUUUUUGGUGUAAUGAGAAAAAUGGUCAGCAGGGUUGAUACCUUGGAUUUCAAGUAAGUUAGUUAGCAAGCUGGUUAGCAGUGUUCCGUGGAAAUCUGCUUUUGAGGGCUUAGGGGUCUGUGAGUGCUGGUCAGUUUUUAAGAACCACUUUUCCAAAGCAUAAGAGCAGGCAAUCCCUUUGUGUUGAAAGUCAAGCAAGCAGCACAGAAGACCAGUUUGGCUGAAUGGUGAAUUCCUUUUGGAACUCAGGAAGAAAAAAAAAUUGUAUGAUCUCUGGAAGCAAGGUCAGGCUUUGCAGGGAGAUUACAGAGCUGUGGUUCAUACCUGGAGGAAGAAGAAUUAAAAAUUAAGCCAAAACUUUAAUUAGAGUUGAAAGCGGCCAGUGUUGUGUCAGAGAACAAGAAAGGCUUGUGGAAGUACAGUAAUAGCAAGAGGAGGUCUAAGGAAAACAUUGGACCGAUAAUUGUUGUAGAUGGUCACCUGACAAAUUGGGAUGAAGAAAAAGUAGAGGCAUUCAAUGCCUUUUUUGCUUCAGUCUGAUGAUACCGAUAGACCUGGGGCUGCCCGGUCCUCAGAGUUGGAGGACCGUGACUGCAGGAACAAUGAGUUUCCAUUUGUGGACACUAAAAUUGUAAAGGACCAGUUGUUAUCAGCUGAAUGUUCAUAAGUCCAUGAAACUGGAUGGGAUUCAUCCCAGAGUACUGAAGGAGCUAGUGGAUAUUACAGCAGGACCCCUCUUAACUGUCUGCCAAGUCUUGGAAGUCUGGGAAGGUCCUUGCUGACUGGAAGUUAGCCAGUGUUACAAGAAGGGCGUGAGGGAAGACCCAGGAAACUACAGGCCUCUUAGUUUAACCUCAGUACCUGGAAAAAUUAUGGGGAAUGUCAUACUAGAUGCUGUUGAAAGGCAUUUAAGGGACAGUGCAAUUGUCAGGCACAGUCGGCAUGGGUUCACGAAGGGAAAAUCCUAAUCUGAUAUCCUUCUAUGAUAAGGUCACCUGCCUAGGGUAUGAAGGGAAGGUGGUGAAUGCCAUUUUUCUGGAUUUUAGUAAGGCUUUUGAUGCUGUCCCUCACAGCAUCCUUCUGGAUGAGUUUCCAGCUGAGAUGAGCAAGGUGUGCUGGGUGAAGAACUGGCUGAACGGCAGGGCUCAAAGGGUUGUGGUGAGUGGAGCUGCAUCUGGCUGGCAACCAGUCACCAGCAGUGUUCCUCUAGCGACAGUUAAGUAUUUUUAUCGAUGAUCAAGAUGAGGAGUUGAAUGCACCUGAUGAUACAGUUGAGUGCAGUCUGCUGAUGAUACUAAACGGGGAGGUGUGUUGACCCUCUCAAGGGACUAGAGGCCUUGCAGAGGGAUCCAGAUAGGUUGGAGCGUUGGGUUAUAAUUAAUGGGAUGAAAUUUAAAUGCUGGAUUUUGCACCUGGGGUGGAGUAAGGCUGGACACAAGUAUAAACUGGGAAGAGGAGUGGCAGGAGAUCAGCCCUGCAGAAAGGGAUCUGGCAGUGCUGGUCGACAGCAGGCUGAGUGUGAGGCAGCAGUGUGCCCUGGCAGCCCGGAGGGCCAACCGCAUCCUGGGGUGCAUCAAACACAGCAUAACCAGCCCCUCAAAAGAGGUGAUUAUCCUGCUGGUGUGGCCUCACCUUGAGUACUGUGUGCAGUAUUCUGGGCCCCAGAAUUUAAAAAGGAUGUUAAGGUAUGGGAGGGCAUCCAGAGGAGGGAAACAAAGCUGAUGAAAGGGCUGGAAGGCAUGUCCUGUGAGGGGCAGUUAAAGACUGUGGGUUUGUAGGGUUUGGAGAAAAGGAUACUGAGGGGCAACCUUAUUGCUCUCUACAGCUUCCUGCGGAGGGGAGGUGCAGAGGUUGGUACUGGUUGUUCCUCCCUGAUAUCCAGUGACAGGUUGCAUGGGAAUGGUUCAAAGCUGUGCCAGGGGAGGUUCAGACUUGACAGCAGGCAACACUUCCAUACAGCGAUGGUUGGUAGACACCGAGGCAGGCUUGCUAGAGAGGUGCUUGAUGGCCCAAGCCUGUCAGUGUCUGAGGCAUUUGGACAAUGCCCUUAAUAAUAUACUUUAAAUUUUGGUCAGCCCUGAAGUGGUCACGCAGUUGGACUAGAUGAUUAUUGUAGGUUCCUUCCCACUGAAAUAGUCUGCUCUAUUAAUGAACUUCAUGAGGUUUCUGUCUUUUUAUUCCUCCAAUCUGUCAAGGUCCCUGUGAGUGAUAUCCCCACCCUCUAGCAUAUCAGCGGGUCCCCUUCCCAACAUGCCAUUAUUUCUGAUCUUGAUAUUAUGUUCUGUCUCUUUCCACCAGAUCGCUAAUGAUCACUGAACAGUAUUGACUCCAGUAUUCUUCUGAGGCAUGCUUUUCAUAACUGGCCAUCAUGCAGAUUUCAAGCAUUUGAUCAUUAUUCUUUGAGCCUGACAGUUCAGUCAGUUUCUCGCUGACUUUAGUUGCUGGAUGGCAUCCAGUCCGUAGCUCCCCCAUUUGACUAUAGGGAUGCUAUGAGAGGCUGCAUCAAGGGGUUUACUGAAGUCGAUAUAAACAGCAUCUACUGCUCUCUACACACUCACAGAGCCUGUCAUUUCAUCACAGAAGGCAGUCAGGUUCAUAGGCAUGAUUUUCCCUCAUUUAAUCUGGCUGUCUUUCUAGUCCCUUUCUUGUCAUUUGGGUGCCUGGAGGUGGUCUCCAGAACUUGCUCCAUAAAGCUGCAAAGGACUGAGGUAGUGCUGACUAGCCUGCCAUUCCCUGGAUCCUCCUUUCUGCCUUUUUAGAGAGGUGACAUGAUACAUACCCCUUCCUAUGACUGGGGACCUCAUGCAAUUGCCACAGUUUUUCAUAGAUGAUCAAGACCAGUCUUCUAACAAUUUUUUGCAAUCAGGGCUUUGUUUAUGUGCAGGGAGAAGAUUGACAUUCAGUGAAGGAGAAAUUGAGAGCUGGGAGGAGCACAUUUCCCCUAUUGCACGUUUCCAGUAGUUCCAGUUAGCUCUAGUGAGGCUUAAUGCCCAGUUUGGUAGGUACUGGAGAAGUGUGAAUUAAAAUGAUGUAGUUUCUGGCCUGAUAGAUUUAUGAUUUUAAGGUAAGGUACAGUAAAGAGUGAAGAAGGCAACAAAACAGUAGGUGGAGAGAAACUCGUAAGAGGCUGGGACUAGAGUUGCUGAAUGAUAGAUUAGCUUCAUGAUUGUGGUAUGCAGAGGUGUGUCUUGCCAGCAUUUCUGAAUAAUGACAUGGAGUCUGUUAGUGCUGUCCUUCCAACUGUGGAAGCUCAUACUGUUACUUUGUGGAUGUUGCAGAGACCUGCUGAGUGGGCAGAGGAUGAGAAGGGAAAUUGGAGGAAGGGCAACAGGAAGGGUGAUUGAGUGCCUCUUGCUGUAACCCUUUCUGCACUGAAGAAAGAAGAUGCUACAAAAAGCAAUGUAUCUGGAUAUUGAAAAGGAAUUAUGUAAAGCGGAUGAGAACUUUGCUUUGUUGUCUUGAGGAACAGGUUUGUAACCAGAGAACACUUCAGUGAAGCAAAAGUGGAGGACGCUACCAGUCCUUUGUUCGGAAAAUGUAUUUUAAUAGUCUGUUAGGAGACUAUCAAAGGAUGACAAGCUUCUGUUGUCAUUGUGAUACCGCAUUACUGUGUCUUUGUCCCCUGUGUUCUGUUUCAGUUCGUGUUUUGUGCUGGAGACAUCCUGGCUUUUGUACCAUCAAAUAUGGGAGAAGUACUUUACGGCAAUGCUUCUUAAGGCAUAAUGCAUAAGGGGCCGCUUGCUCUACAGAAGCCAAGACAAGAUUAUCUUAGGUCAUUAACUUUUACCCAUUUCCUAACUGCAAACCUGACCGUUUCUGUGACUCCAGUGAGUUGACAAAGAUGUGUUAACUGGCAUACCAGGAAAAGAGUAUUCUUGUACCCACUCAAAGAAUUGGUAAAAGUAGAAAAUGGGCUGGCACAGCCUGUUGUAUCAGAGAGAUGCAAAAUAUAUAUAUACCGGCAGAUGAUAAUAGGGAGAGGUAUUGCUGAGCCCUACAUGUAUGAUCUAGAGUAUUCAUUGUCUUCAAGCAGAGCUGCCAAUAUUAUGAGGAUGAUCGGGGUUUGGCAAAGCUGCCCUCUUUUCCUUGUAACCUCUGAAGGAAAUGGGAUGAACAGUAUAAGAAAAGCUGCACUGGGUCAGCCCAAAGUUCUGCCUGGCUUGGUCAUCUGUCUCUCACAGUGUCUGGGUUUGGAGGCUUGGGGGGUACUGUAAGGAUGAAGUAGUUACACAGUGAUACUUCCCUUUUACGUUCUUCCAGCCCAGUGUCCUGUCUCAAAAAGGUUUACAGACUUUUUCUUCAAGGCUGGAGAAAACUUUUUUGUGAACCUUUUUGGCUAUAGUAUUUAUCCUGCCACUGCAUUUACUUAUAUUUUAAGAAGGACAUGUAACCUGACUUUAAAAACAUCAGGUAAGGAAUAGUUCAUCUUUCUUGGGUAAUUAAUAAGAAAACUGAUGACCUCUUUAUGAGGAAUUUGCAUCUUUUGGAAUAGUUUUUCCUAAUAUCAACAUCCUGAUGUUGUUUCUUGCUAUGCUUUUUUUCAGCAACGUUGAAAAGUCCCAUUCUUCCUUGACAAUUAGGCUUCUUUGUCAUGUAUAACUACCUAUAACCGAUCAACAAGUCCUAUGUAAUCCGCUAACCCAUAUAAGUCAUUUUUCAUAAGCUUCACACUGUAAAACUUUUCAUUGAACCUUUAAUUAUGCUGCUGCAUGAAAAUACCCAGUAUUCCACAUCCAUCUGCAUUCGAUUUUAGUGUCUGCACUUGGAGUAUUUUUUACAGAAGCAGGAACACUUGCUUCCCUAUUGCUGUUCACGCUUCAUACGCUCAUAUAUCCCAACACCAUGCUAGUCCUUGCUGCCCAAACACUGCUGUAACCCUGCCAUAAAAGUGAUAUUCAGGUAGUUGACUCUGAAUCAAAAGUUCUUACCACUGCUUUGCGAUGCGUAAGAUCCUAGAAAGUAAGAAUAAUCUUAAUUUUAUUUUUUUUAUUCGAAAAUGCAUUUUCUUUAGGAAUAUUACAGUGCAAUUUUGGACUGAUGGUUUUUAUAAUUUGGAAUAGUUAAGAGCUCAGUAUGUUUAGUUUCAUCAGAAGAGGAUUGGAGGUGUCUUGCCUGUGUGGGGUAGGAAGUCCUUUAUGGAAAUACGAGGUAAUAAAGCAUCUCUUGUCUUGUGCAGAUGGCCAUAAAAACAAACUUGAAGCUAAAGCCAAAUGAAUUAAAGAUAGAAAUAGGGUGUGAGCUUUUAACAGUGAGGACGGAUUACCUAUUGGGAUAAAGUACUGUGAAGCCUGAAGAUACACAGAAGCUACUGCUUCCCAAUGUGCAGGCAGCAGCUUUAUGGAAGGAAUGCUGUAUCCAAAUAUAAGCCAUUGAAAUAAAUACAGAGGCAUCUAAAGACAAUGAAUAGUCGAUUUUACAGUAUAGUGACGGUCAGUCUACAUGAAAUGCUAGUUGCUUCUGGUUUAGAACCUCAGAGAGGACACAAUACUGUCUGCAGUAUAGAGAUCUGUUGAAAAAUGGGAAGUGUUUUGGCAAACAGGGAAAAGUCAUGGUGAUGGAAAUGUUAUGGUGUUACCAAAAGAUUGUCAUGAAAUUUGCAUGGGAAGGUGAGGUGAGAAGAAAUUUACCUGUGCAAACUGAAAUGAAGCAUCAUUUCUGCAUGCCAGUUUAUUUAUAUUAUAAUGACAUAAGAAUGUGCAAUCCCCAGAACCUACACAAUCACGCAGGUGAAGAGUGUCCUUGGUGAGGAUUCCUCCUUCCUUGCUGUGCGGUGCUGGCAGCUGGAGUUCUGCUGUCCUAGGGUGGGGUUCCCUGCGUACACACUCUGCUGCAGCAGCUCUGUCUCAGUUCGUUUGCUCAGCUGUGUGAACUGCCUGCACAUUGCGCUGAAAUCAGGAACAAAAGGAGGAGAGUAUGGAUGGGCUUAUUACUUUGUUAGAAUACUUGCCAAAAAAAAGUAUGCAAUCUUUCUUAGUCACUAUCGCAGUUGCUUCUGCUUUUCUGCCUGAUGGCAUAUAAGGAGGACCACUCCUUGUAGGAGUGCCCUUUUGGUAGCAUGUAGGCCUUUGCUAUCACACUGAAGGAGCAGAUGGUACGUUUCUCCAAGUGGAAGAGUUCUUCUGCAGUCAUCUGAGAGGAGAUGAUGUGACUGGAGGAAGCAAUUUUCUGGUAGUGUAUUCUGUAACAGUAACAGAGCAAUGACUUGUUCAGCUUGUUCAGCUUUAAAAAUACAUUACGCCGUACCUUUGUUUCAAAAUGAAUAUAAAAUUCCAUCGAUGGAAUAGUGCCGCGUUUGAAUUGUUGCUUCAGAUCUCAAGUCCUGGACAUAGUCUUAAUGUAGCGUUUGGUUUUGUUGCCCAGAUUGGUGUAUGUGAGACCUCACUGCUGGGAGCUGUUGUAAGAGUGCCACGAGCUGAGCCUGGUCUGGCCUGAGCAGAGUCCCUGGGCACUGCCGAAGCCGUUGGAUUUUCUCUCACGUUUGGCAACAUCAGGCAGGUAGCCAGAGCUGCCAUUAGCUGUAUUCUAGCUUCCUCCUGUCCCAGAGGGCUUACCUAGAGAUAGUUCACUACUCAAAAUCUUUGAGCCGCACUGUGCAUGUCCCAAAUAUUUAGUGUGGUCAUAAGACUUAACUGAAAGGGAAUGGACUCUUGUUUUGGGGGUGACAUGUAAAUAAGGAAGAUUCUUGCUUGUAUUCUUCUGUCUUAAACAUGAUCUGUAUUCUCUGAGCGAGGUUCUUGCAGAAUCUGUUCUGAUUAUAGAAACUGGAAAUAAAUCAAUAUAUGAAAGAA